UAGAGCCAUACAACACGCGAUAUAUUCCGUAGAUUGUUCGGAUAUUAUUAGAGCAUAAAUGAUCAUCGCAGGGACAUGUAUUGUGCAUGUAUAUAUAUUGUAUGUAUGUUGCGAGAUAAUUGUAAAAUCGAUAGAGAGGCUAUAUCGAUGUAGAUGAGUCGAUGUAGCAAACAGACCGAGUUAAAUUGUCGCAACAAUGUACGCUGUAAUUUUAUACAUUCUGCGCAGAGGGUCGCGCAGAUGAUUUCUGUCGCUACUGUUGCGACGCAGAAACGCAUCUCGAAGUAUCGUCAGAGUCUCAUCCUAACGAGAACGAUGGUGGACAAAGAAGUAAGACCUCUUUCCGCUGAUUGAAUAUCCGGCGUCGGUGACUUGGAUUUUAUCUGACAUAAACUGCAUUGCAAAUUGCAAAUAUAAUUACAUAAUACAACGGAUAUAGAAAUUUCCACACCUGUGGGAGAACCACUUGAUUUAGAAGUGUAUCUAUUAUUUUCAUUCAUCGCUUUACAUAGAAUAAUGAUUGUGCAGUUUUGAUCUAUUGUUUACAAUAAAUAUUGAACAUGUAACGUCAGACAGACUUGCAACUAUGUAGCGUGUUUUGGCACAUUUAGUGCCAAAUGCGCAAAUGAAAAUCUAUAUCGAAAAUAUUAACAAAGCUGCGCAAAAUUUAAAGUUUGCAUAUUGUAUAUUUCUUUUAUUUAGUAUAGCAAACUUGGCCUUUUUCCUUAAAUUAAUUUUUGAAUUAUAAAUAGCUGAAAAUGAGGAAUUUUUCGUGAAAACUGAGUUACAAUAUAUAUAAGAUAUAUAACAAACUUAUUUUCUAGACAAUUUAAAUUGAAAAUACUUGUUAUUAAAAUGUAAACAUUUCCACACAAAAAAUAGCAUUAUAUUAUUUGAUAAAAAAAAUUGAUAUUUGAUAAAAAAAAUUCGAUACAGAAGAAAAUACGUUUCCAAGCUGGUAUAUUCUGUUUUGCAUAUUAGAAAAAAAGAAACAAUAUUUAGAAAGUGCAACUAAACGAACAGAUUAUAAGGAAUUAUGUUUUCAUUGGUCGUAAUCAAGUAUCGUAGUCGUAGUCAAUUUACCUCAGAAUCAAAUGCAUGCAUAUUCCAAUGCGCUCAGUUGCGUGUGUGUGUGUAUGUGGGUGGGUGCAUCGAUUGCCCGCAUUGCUUUCUUCACCCGCAUACCGUUAGAUCCAUUAAUCCCAUGCUAUUAUUAUCGUGCUGCCGUAUAUUCCCGUCUUUUGCUUUACGAAUCGGAGCGGCAAAUAAAUUGCUUCUUUCAUACCGAACGCUUCAAAGAAAGAUUCUCCAUUUUUGAAAGCAAAAUGCAAUCAACGAAAGCAUUGUUCACCAAUCACAAAAGUUAUGUAAGUUAAUCUUUCUCUCUCUCUCUCUCUCUCUCUUUCUCUUCCCCCCUUCUCUCUCACUCUCUCUCUCUCUCUCUCUUUCUCUUCCCCUCUCUUUCUUUUCCUUUUCUCGCGCCCAUUUCCCACGCAUUAUCUUAUCGUUCUCUCGCGUCUCACCCGAACAAUUUGUCGACCUCGUUUCCCAUUUCCCGUCACAGACGUUUCCUGCGGAGUCUCCUGGUUGCCGACAUAUCGCUGGGGCGAUUUCGCGGUGGUUGCGCGCGCUUUUAAAAAUUCAUCCGGCUAUGCACGUCACAGCUGAUAAAACUGCGCGCGCAACGUCCCCGGCCAUUCACUGUCAGCUGAUAACUCACUACGCUAGUAACAGGUGGUUCAUCGCGAUUGGCCGAGCGACGGCGAUUAAAGUGCCUCGGCGGCGCCAGCACGUGCGGCCCCGCUUGCCGCUGGUCGCUGGUGGCCCGCAUUCACGCGGAGAACGUUGUUACGCGCGCAUUACAUCCGACGAGCAACCCUCUCGGUGUCACCGGUCGCGUUCAGCCGCUCUCACCGACCGACGGAUCAGAUCGCGCCAUCGGGGUUCGAAAAAUCGAUAGCUGCGUGUAUAUUCGUGCGUGCGUGCGUACGGCGAGAUUUCGCAGUCGCACGAUUGGCGGCUCCGCAAACUCGUAGGUGUGGGGCUAUCGAUCCCCGCGCUGUCCCGCUUUCUUGCCGCGUUCAUUGGCGCCUACAUCGCCGUCGCCGUUGCAUCGUGCCGUAUACUCGAGCUGCUGGCUCAAAUAUAGUGUAUUGUGCCUUAAUACGAUAGUUAGUCCCCUGUGAUUUCACUGCGCGCCGGAGGUCAACGAGAGAGGUUUUCCUUUCUUCCCCUCCACUCGAUCGAUAUCUAGCAGUUUGCGAGAUUAUAAGGAUGCUGAAUUUCCGUGGCGACAGCAUGUCGGCCCUUUAAUUUCCUUCGUCCUUCAUGGACGGAUAUCAUGUUCGUUUGACCGGCGACGCUUAUAUUACUCGGAAAGCUAAAGGAAACAAAAUAUCAUGGCAUUUUUCGACGUGGGACCGGGCGACCUCAAGGAAUUAUGGGAGUCCUAUCUCUCCGACCCGAUACUCAGCCAGGAUGUCUUAAUGAGUACCAAAGAAGAGGAAUGGGGUAAUAGCCUUAGGGAUAGCGUAGUCCUGAGAGAUCGGUUAAUGACAGAUGCAGCUCUCGGUGGACCACGACCGAUAAAAUCCGAACAUAGUUACAGUCUUUUGGCUCACAGUCCUCCUCCGAGCCCAGCCACGCCAGGAGUUAAUCCUCACACGCCCAAUUCGGGUUCCGGCGCGGUUGGCUCCACUACUAGUUCCUCCAUCGAUUUUGCCAAUCUGGAUCAGAAGUCUCUCGAUAUUCGCAGAAUCGAUGAUAUGGAAGACGAAUGUUUUCCGGCUAUUUCGAUAAGCAGCACCUCGAGCCGCGUCGAAUCGUCGUCGUCGCCGUCGUCGUCAUCUACCUCGACCGUAAUCCUCAAAAGAAACAACCUAGUACCUGAAGAUAACGAGUGUCCGGAAAUCAAGGGCGAACCUAUUAGCGCGCCGGCCAGUCCCUGCGCGCCUUGUCAAUCGAACUGCGACAUGGUCGACGAUAAGAGUACGAUAACAAUAGUGUCACCGCAGAGUUUCCACUUUGCCAAAACUCAGCUAUCGCAUAUGAGUGACAGCGAGGAGGAUGACGAAGAGUAUUAUCAGAUGGAGAUCGAAGAGUACGGCGUAAUCUGCGAAGGGAAGGAGACGACUUUACGUGCGUCGAGACAGGGGUUGCCACCGACGCCACCCAGCAGCGCAAGCUCCGAUAGCGAGGGUACCGCUUCCGCUUCCUGCUCGCCGGAGCGCCGAGAUUCCCAGACAUCUACGCAGAAUCUCAGGGGCUUACUGGCGCCGAGGCUUUACGUCACCAAUGGCACUCACACCACCAGACAGCCCAUUCAUACGCCUCUGAUUUCCUGUCAACCGAAAGGAUCGACGGGCGUGUUGACAUUGACGGAAGAAGAAAAGAGAACUUUGAUUGCCGAGGGUUAUCCAGUGCCUACAAAACUUCCUCUGACGAAACAAGAGGAGAAAUCUUUGAAGAAAGUGCGAAGAAAAAUUAAGAAUAAGAUAUCGGCACAGGAAUCGCGUAGAAAAAAGAAAGAAUAUAUGGACGGCUUGGAGAGGCGAGUCACGAUGUUGACAAAUGAGAAUUCCUCCUACAGAGAUAGGCUGAAUUCCUUGGAGGACACGAAUCGUGAAUUACUCAAAGAGUUGCAACGUCUUCAGGCCCUGCUGCAGCUACAACAAUCUUAGAUUUAUUUGUCUUUUAACGGCUCAAGUCUACAUUUGAUAUCAUCGAAUUUUAUUUCUGAUGAUAUCGGGUAUUUCAAGAAAUUGAUUUUACUUAGCUCCUACGAAUAUUGCAACGAUAACGUUGUUCACGAAUGUGCUUCUUGAUAUUAUUCCGAGGAAUUGAAAAUUAUAAAGCCUCGAAACAGAUUUUAGAUUUUCAAUACGGAUUUAUUAUCCGUUUUUUGCCUAUUUGCUCUUCCAUAUACAGAGACUAUUAUUCUUACAAUUGUCCUUUCUUUAUUCAAUAAAGAGGAUUCGAGAGACGUCAUUGAUAAGAGCGAUUUGCUAUUGCUAAGUCACAGAUUUAAACAGAGUAUAUUUUUAGGGAUUAGUGCAAUUUCUUUACAUUCCUAGAAUGUCUUCCUCAUACACACGACGAAGUUUUUUGCAGCGCAGCCGCGACUGAAGAUUUACAGUGAGUAAAAGUCUGCAAAUGGCUUCAGUGUUUCCUGGCAACAAUUAAGGCUUUUAACACCAAUAUAUAUAUGUAUAUUCUUAUAUAAUGAUUAUAUAUAUACAUUACUAUAUCUUUUGCUAGAUUAUAUUUUCGCCAGGAGUGCCUUUACGGACAUUAUUUUCAUCUUUUUUCCACAAUUUGUAUUGCAAAUCAGAGAUCAUUUAGACUAAUUUAUUUCUCACUAUUGUAUAUUAAAUACAAGUUUUUUUUUUUAACUUUAAUAAGGCGUAUAAGAAAUAUGAGGAUUUAAUAUUUCAGCCAUACAAUGUGUUACAAAAGUCAGUUAUUGAGCAUUGCCUAACUCGAUGCAACAAGAAAUUUCGAAAGAAAAAAUUCCCAAAUGUAAAUGGCCUUCUGAUUAUUCGCUUUAUUGUACUUUGAAAAUAAUGACGAUAUUUUAAACCGUUUGAGACUCGAAGAAAUAUUCCUGGUAUUUAAAAUAGAGAGAGAAUAUAUAUUUAGUCUCCUUUGACACAGAGUUAAAAGGUUUUCCGUGUGCAUAUACAUGAUAUACAAAAUAUAAUAUAUGAUACAUUUUAAUAGUUAAAAAGAGGAAACUAGGAUUAUAUAUUAAUACUGUGACAUGAAAGUAAAUUCGACACUAACGACAAAAUGAUUGCAUUUACAUUAUUUUGAAAAGAUAUCUAGUUGUACAAUAAUUAUAUAUCAUGUAGAUCGCGACUUGGUGAAACCAAUUCCAUAUCAAGUCGACGAUAUUACUAUUUUCUUAUAGGAUACUAUCAUUAACGCCAACAGACGUUAGAUUGAUCGGCUUCUAAGAUGAUCGAUCGUGCGCAACGACAAUUUAUUUCGCGCCAAUUUGAAGCGUGUAAGGAAUAUUUAUAAGAUAGAAGUUCACGGAUGUAGGAUAUGUGUUUUGCUCGUCCACACGAUAAACCGUCUAAAAUCCACGUUACAUUUGCAAGUCAAUACAAGUAGAUUAUGCGGCGGCUGGCUUUUUACUGUCGUUCAUAUACACGGAGACGGUCGAGAGAGAAUUGUAGGAUCCUUAUUUCGUGACCGUUCUCAAAGUUAUAUUAUAUUAUAUAUUUGUAAUUUAAGGCCGAAGUUAAUCGAACGUCAUCGUGCGUGGAGAACCCGUCCGCUUUAUAUCAUCAUCGAUACUCUUGUUUUCUUCGUAAUUUUCUUUCACAAUUAUAGCAUAAGAUCGCGCGAGAUUGUGCUUCCUAUAAAGAUAAAUCUCGCGUUUACUUACCGCAUGAAAGUUGUGGAAAGGGACCAAUGCGCACAAAACAAAAAAAACUCUAUUUUUCCCCUUUUUUUCACUUAAUUGCCAAAUAAUUAUUAGAUUUUAAUAUUGUAUUGCGUGACCAAGAGAUGAUGAUGAUGAGAAAGAGAAAGAGAAAGAGAGAGAGAGAGAGAGAGAGAGAUUCGUAUUAAAGGAUCACACAUACCUCGCAUGAGUGUUUACGGAAUGAAUAGCGAUUAUCGUUGUACUAAUAUUAUAUCACUUAACGUUUCGAUAACACAUGAUUCUCCAAUAAUUCAGCGCAAAAUGCGUACGUACAUAGGAAUGGCUACACAAAAUCAUCUAUUUAUAUUCUAGAGAUUUAUAUAUACUUUUAUUUAUACUUUUAAUAAUUAAAAGUAAAUUACUCCAUUCUCAUAUUUUCACUUGAACAUCUUUGGCAAAUUAAAAUUGAUCCAAACUCAUCAAAAUUAUUAAAAUGCAAAAUCUUUAUUGCUAAUUUUUGUCUUUUGCAAAUUAUACUAUGCAUGUAAUAAAUUAUAAUUUUUAUGCAAAAGAAUUCAAUACAACUUUAAAUCGAUGCCGGCUCUUUACGAAGAUUGCUUCUAGAAAAAUGCAUAGAGAAAACUUCCAAAUAUAUAUCGCCGAAGGAAAGUCAAUGAAAAAGUCAAUAAAUGUAACAAGUGAUAGUAAUCGAUUAACGUACAUGUGAAUGGAAAGGCACUUUUCAUAUAUCUUGCGGACUUUAUAAGCACUGAUGAGAGGGAUCAGAGACUUGCAUCUUUUCGUCUGCAUAUAAAUACAUAUUCGGUUUUAAUUCGUUACACGCGCGUAUGAUAAAGAAGAGAUCAUAUAUCUGUACAAAGCAGCAGAAUAACAAUUUUUAUCGAAAAUAGAGAGAGUUAAUAUAUUCUACGAAUGGAACUUUAGAAAUGAUUAUAUAUACAUUAAUAUAAUAUACAUUGUAUAUAUAGAUGAUAUAUUUUACGACAAAUUACAUAAACGUUCGAAAUGAUGAAGGAAAUUGUACCGUUGUCUGUUUAUAAUACAUUUAUCAUUAUCACGACUCAUCAUUAUCACGAUUUAUCAUUUAUAUCUUAUACGCGAUUCAAAUGCCGUACGUCUAUAUAUAUACCAUGUAACUAGACGUUUAUAUUUAUCCAGAGAGUCCUUAUAUAUUAACGAAGAUAUAUAAAUAUAUAUAAAUAUAUAUAUACAUAUAUAUAUAUAUAUAUAUAUAUAUAUACAUAUAUAUAUUACAUUAUUCGACCAUGUCGAAUUUACAUGUGCGUAUAAUUUGUCUACGCGAUAAAGCGCGGCAGCCACGUGAUUGAUGCAACACGCGGUGCUGCAGCUUCGAAUGGAUGUUGUCCGACAAUAAGAAAUAAAUAUUUGUGAGCUAA